UUCCGUCUCUUUCUAAAAUGACCAAAUAAAACCCCAUCGGUCUCACUAUGUGCUAAGCAGCACAGCUUUCUGAGAACUGCAGCCUCCGUUUGUUGGAGGGGCGGCGUCAUUAACUACUGCGCUCUCUCAUCUUCCUCGAAGCAGCGAAGCACUUUGUAAAUACUCUCCCCGAUACUUACUGCCAGAACCCACUGGAAGCCCCGCAUUAAAGCUUCGUGACUCCGGCCUUUUCUCUCUGAACACAAACAGAAGACAUGGCUGCCGAGAGCAUAGCGAUGAACGGGGAUGCUGACCGAAGCGACGAGUCGGAGGUCUCCCAGCAGGGGAACAGGAACAUGCGGCGGCACAGACCCCUGAACAUGAACCAUUAUGCCAAUAAGAAGAGCGCAGCAGAGAGCAUGCUGGAUGUGGCUCUGCUGAUGGCAAACGCCUCCCAGUUGAAGGCUGUUAUGGAACAAGGACCUAACUUCAGCUUCUACGUUCCCCUCAUCACUCUCAUCAGCAUCUCUCUCACAUUGCAGGUUCUGGUGGGAGUUAUGCUCAUCUUUAUAGUUAAGUGGAAUCUGAAUGAUGAGAGCACGCACUUUAAGCUGGAUAUCUUGGAGAAUUUUGCCACAGCCUUCGUCUUUGUCAUAGUGGUUGUCAACGUCUUCAUCACAGCCUUCGGGGUCCAGCGACCCAAUUCGGGAGCUUCAGCACCUUCUUGACUUGACCGCUGCUCAUUCAGACAUCACCCUUUUUUUUUAUUAUUUACCAGAUCAACUUUGACUUAUGACUAAGAGAGAGACGUGUUGUUUACAGUUUCAACUUGUUAAUAAAUGAAGUACAAAUACUCGUCUCUUAUUUGCUUUUUAAAAACAAACAGCAAAAAGCAAGAACUUUGUGAAAAUGUAUUUGCAUACCUCUGUGACUGCUCAUUUUACUAUACAUUUUUAAAUAAAACAAGAAAAGUGA